UGGAAAACUUACGAGAGUUAUCCCGUGCCAGUCUACGUGGCGAUACGUCCAGUAUCUUCCGCAUGGUUUUGGUCGUUUGGCGAAAGAAACUUACAUCCAACGAAAGUGAUAUGUACACCAACUUCUUCGCGACUGAAUGCGAAAGUCUCCUAGGGGAUAAUGAUACCAUAAACAGUCUUAGAGAAAAGAAAUUUGACAUGCUGGUCGGGGAGGAAUUAAGCAGUUGUCACCCUCUACUUGCUAAGAUACUGGGCAUCAGAUUUUCUCUUAUUAGUGGAUUCGGUUCUAGUCCUGCGAAGGGAAUGUGGUAUGGUUUACCGAGCCACCCAGCCUAUAUCCCGGAGCGCCAGUCCGGUCUGACCGACAGAAUGACGUUCCUUCAGCGCCUGAAGAGUUGCUAUUUGUACGGCCUCCACAUGCUCGCCCGACGCCAAAUGUUGGUGCCUUUCCGUACAAUCCAAGAGGCUUAUGAUCUCAGUCCAGAGAAGAGCAUGGCGGACAUGAUGGCUGAAGCUCAACUCUGGGUGUUCACAGUAUCCUUUGAACUCGACCUAGCCCGCCCUCUAACGCCGAAUGCCAUAUUCACUGCCUCGCCCUUGUUGGGUAUACCGUCGGAACAUCAGAUAUCAGAAGAUCUGCAAGAGUUUCUAGAUGGUGCCAACGAUGAGGGAGUCGUCCUCUUCUCGCUUGGAGGUCACGUAAACGAGAUGGAGUCUGAGCAGGCUCAGAUGUUUGCUAACGCACUGGCCAGGCUACCACAGCGAGUGCUUUGGCAGUUUUCUGGUAACAUUUCUCGAAUGAAAAUCGGAAAUAACACCAAAACUGUAAAAUGGAUGCCACAGCAGGAGGUCAUGGAUCACCCUAACACCAAGAUGUUUUUAAACCACGGUGGUUUGAAUGGUGUACACGAAGCGGCAUGGUACGGGUUACCAGUGGUUGGUAUCCCACUCUUUGGUGAUCAUUUUGACAACAUGGAACGGGCCGAAGCCAAAGGGAUGGCAAUCAAGCUGGACAUCCUGACGUUGAAUGAAGAUGUUUUAGUUGAAGCUAUUACUCGAGUUAUCAAGGAACCGAGAUUUCGAGAGAGGGCGCAACACAUUUCCCGAAUGCUUCGUGAUAAACUCCUCAUUCCGUCUGAUGAAGCUGCGUUUUGGAUAAGUCACGUGACCAAAUACGGCGGGAAGCAUCUUCGUCCGAGAUCAGCUGAUCUUACAUGGAUACAAAAUAAUCUCAUUGAUGUGUACGCGUUCCUUGGCGCAAUUUUACUUGUAGUUUCGGGGUUGCUCUUUCUUGUUUGCAGGGUCUGCAUUGUGGUUUUACGUGGCAUGUGUAAACGACAGGAAAAGUUGAAAAUUACGUAAUCAAUCAGAAUUUUAAAUUGGAAUUUAAGCGUAAAAUGAAUUCCUUAUUGUGAUUGUUCAUUUUCUUGGGGUUGCAAGGUUGAUAAUAACAUUAGAGUAAGUUUAUUUUAAAUUAAGUGCAAUUUUAAAAAAGAAAUUCACAGUGGGUUGUUGUUCAAUGGUCUGCCUUGUUUUGCUCUGUAACGUCAUGAUGCAAGGUUCAUUGGAGACUUUUGAAUGCUAGGUGGCAGCAGACUCAGGUAAAUAUCCGUUGUUUACGUAGUUCUGAGUAUGCGCACAUUACCGAGAACAGUGGAUCUACCUGACACAGCAUAUGGGGAUCUGCAGGCUGCCAAGCUAACUAAGCUACUGAAUGGUGCUAACAAUCCUCUUCACGAUGUGCUUACCAGCCAGCUGGUUCCUAGGUCUGGUCGUAUGCGAGUGCCAUCUGCGUCGAACCACUAUCCAGGGGCGGAUCCAGGAUUUUCCAAACGGGGGGCGUGAUUUUAUUCAUGUUGUUCAGAAUGAAAUACCGCGCCAUCCCCAGGCAGCAUUUUUUGUCUGUAUUAUACGAAAUUGCUACUGUCGUUAGUGCUUUCAAUUUGAAAGUUGUUCCUUUAAGUUCUAAAUCGGUCUUUUAAACAAAGGAAUGUGCAGGGCAUAAUGUCAUGGCUGUGCUUACCGUAGGCAAAGAACUUGGCUCUUACGGAAGCAGUGAAUUCCUGCUUGAACGAAAAUGUCAAGUCGUGAACUUUGCUGAAUUCCACUUAAAAUGU